CGUCAUCGUCGGAUUGGAGCGAGCAGCGAGCGGCAUUCAGUGUUCGCGGGCGUCUUUGCAGCGCAGCAAAUGAUCACAUAAUCACCUCGUACCUAGUCGUUCACGCACUUUGUUUGUGGUUGGUCGCGCGUACAAUUCGUUCGCAGUGUUUCGAAUCGACGGGUGAAUUUACUGUGUGUGGUGGCUACCUCGAAGAAUUGAAAACGCGCUUAGACGAGUGUAAACGCCGCCGUCGUGUUAACGCUUCCAAUUGCGCGAUUUUCGCGGCGGAUUUUGAUUGCAAUUUUAAUCAAAAAAUAAAGCUUAGCUUAUUAAAAUAUAAAGAGAUUAAAAAACGUGAAUUAUCUUUUAAAAAAUUCAGCUGCAUUCAAUUGAAGACCGAGGUGAAUUUUGGAAUGCUCCUAAUCUUGAAAUAGUGCAUUUAAGUUCAAAAUACAUAAAAAACGAAAAAAAAAGUUAGUGAUUUUGUUGACUUAAAAAUAUACCGGGGACGGAUACAGGACAGAAAAAGUACGUGCUGAUCUUAAUUAAAAACCUAUGACAAAAAAAAAAUCGAUUUUUUAUUUAAAAUAAAUUAAAACAAAAUAUUUCGAACAAAGCAGUUUUUUUACACUCCAAUCAAAAAACCUAAAAAUAGUCAGAAAAAGUAAAAAAAAUAAUAACGCUGGUUCCAUAAAAUUAACUUAACACAAAAGACACAGGGAACUGGAUGAGUUGAAAAAAGUUCGUUUAAGUGAUUUGAUAAGAUAAUUCCAAAACCAAAAUAGGAGGAAAAGAGUAAACUAAAAAAGAUACUUCACUUAACAAAAUUUCAUUCACCAAGUGCUUAAAUCUGCGGUUUAACACAAAACUAUUUGGCCUCAAAAAAAGUUUAAUCGACUAUCAGAAACAAUUAAAAUCGCUGCAAAAAGUCACGUGCCCAGCCAAAUCAACAGCCCUCCCCUCACAACAAGCAGUCAACCAACCACAUAGUUUGCCGCCCACGCCAAAAUCAAGGCACGCACUCACACACUCGCCCAUAAACGUCAAGAAACUUUCGUUGAAGAGCGUUCGCGAUCGCCACCGCCACCGCCGCCGUCGCCGUCGCGCAGCAAAUCGCUAAUUGCAAUGCAGAAAGUAAAAUGACACAAAUUAUACGCUAAUUAAAAGUGUUGUUGGAAAAGUAGUGUGGUGGCUUGUGGCGGCACUGUUGUUGCAAUUAAAAAAUACGCUGUUCGAAAAAAAAUUGAUUCACUUUCGUCUUAACGUGCGUGUGUCAUUGUUUACGAUAAUAAAAAAGAAACAGUAAGGAACGAGUAGAAAGUAAGAACAACAAUAACAAUAACAGUAAAGUCAUCAGCAAGGAAAAUAACUUCAUAAAAGAGGAAAAUAUCGACACACUUACAUUUUCUUUAUUUCGAAAUUUUUUUUGCAAUUUUGUGCUAGCAAAAAUUUUUUGCAUUUUUUUGUUUAAAUUACACUUUUCCAAAAAUUAAAAAUAAAGUGAAUAAAAGUGAGCAAAAAAGUGAACCUUUAACUUUUGACAAAACGCUGUGAAUUUUUAAUUUCGUGCACGCGUCCCCCCAAAAAGCCGUCAAAAUUCUUGAUAAAGUGGCCUCGAUAGGCGCCAACACGCUUAAUUUUACUGACUUAGGGAGCCCCUAUGAGGGGCCUCCCAGUACACCACAAUCCGGCAUGGAUGCGCCCGACGCACCGCACACUCCCAAGUAUAUGGAUGGUGGUACAACAACAACCGGAACGCCAGGCGCACAAAUGCCCGGCAAAUCGGCGUUCGUAGAGCUGCAGCAACAUGCCGCCGCUGGUUACGGCGGCAUACGAGGUGGCUAUCAACAUUUUGGACCACAAGGUGGACAAGACUCUGGGUUUCCAAGUCCACGCAGCGCCUUAGGUUAUCCCUUCCCGCCUAUGCAUCAAAACUCAUACUCCAGCUAUCACUUAGGCAGUUAUGCGCCGCCCUGUUCGAGUCCACCAAAGGAUGAUUUCUCCAUAUCCGACAAAUGCGAAGAUUCCGGCUUACGCGUCAAUGGCAAAGGCAAGAAAAUGCGCAAACCACGCACAAUAUACAGUUCAUUGCAAUUACAACAAUUAAAUCGACGAUUCCAGCGUACCCAGUAUUUAGCGCUGCCAGAGCGAGCCGAAUUAGCGGCGAGUCUGGGUCUGACGCAAACGCAGGUGAAAAUCUGGUUCCAGAAUCGACGUUCUAAGUACAAAAAAAUGAUGAAAGCUGCGCAAGCGCCUGGUACCGGCGGCGGUAUGCCAUUGGGUGGUGGCGGUCCAAAUCCUGGUCAACAUAGUCCAAAUCAAAAUAUGCACAGUGGCGGUAAUAACGGCGGUGGCUCCAAUAGCGGCUCACCAUCACAUUAUCUACCUCCCGGACAUAGUCCGACGCCAUCAAGUACACCUGUGUCCGAAUUAUCACCUGAAUUCCCUCCAACGGGUCUUAGUCCGCCAACGCAAGCGCCAUGGGACCAGAAACCGCAUUGGAUCGAUCACAAACCACCGCAAAUGACGCCGCAACCACCUCAUCCAGCGCCGCCACAUCCGCAAACGCAUCAUCACAAUCCGCCACCGCAAAUGGGCGGCUAUGUACCGCCACAAUAUUGGUAUCAGCCCGAGACGAAUCCGUCGUUAUUAACUGUUUGCCCUUCCUUCAACCACAGGGUAUGGCCAGCGGUUUAACACCAACACCACCAACACCACCAACACAUACACCAAACCGAUCCUAUUUUCAUAGAUAAUUCCAAUGCGUAUAUUUAAUGCGGUUACAACAACAUGCAACAAAGAAAGCAGACGUUUUUAAAUAAUUAAUUUUAAAUAAAGUGUAAAAUAUGUAUUUACAAAAAGGAAAGCUGUAAUUAAAAAUAAAGUUUAACAAUAAAAUAAUUUGUAAGAAAUUAAAUUAAGUGCUAAGAUGAAUUUAAUGACAAUUACAUACUUAUGUCUAAUUAUUAUAAAUAAAUGGAAAAUAUAUAUAUAAAUUUAAAAAAAAAAUUAGUUAAAACUUAACAGUUUAAAAGAUAUUAGUAAACUCGAAUUAAGUGCUGAAAAUGUUGAUAAUAAUUAAUUAAUGAAAAAAGUAAAGAAAAAAAUU